AUGCGGGCGGCGGGGCCGGAGCCCGGGCGCGUCGGGCGAGCGGUCGGCUACGGCUCCGGGGAUCAGUGGCAGCAGGUGCCUGCGCCGCGCAUGGAGGUCCGGGAGGCGAACGUGAGACGUCGAGUAGACGGCGGACGUAACAUCGUCAGAUACACGGAUGAAAUUAGGAAGUACGGCAAGGCUGGUCAAUGGCAGCAGGCGCUGUCAUCGUUCGGGAAGAUAUGCGACGAGAAGUUGGAACCGGACGUCUUCAGUUACAACGUCGUGAUGAGCGCGCUUGGGACAGGGCAGCAAUGGCUGCGGGCAGUGUCCCUGCUUCGCGAAAUGAGGGACACGAAGUUGGAGCCUGACUGA